GGGGGGGGAGGCAGAGCCAACUGCUGGGGCGGCGCAGGGAUCCGAGGGCGAGGGAGGGGGGCUCCGUGGCGGAGAGGAGCCCGGCUGCGGGGGAGCGAGCAUGAGCUGAGCUGAGCACGGCGGCGGCAGCAGCUCUACGCUCAUUGCAAUUGACAGCGUCUGCAGUUCAUUUCAAGAUGGCCGCUUGGCUCACAUUCAUUUUCUGCUGAACGACUUUUAACUUUCAUUGUCUUUCGGGGCGGUUCGGAUCGUCGCCCGCCGGCUCCUUCUCGCGGAGCUGCAAAAAUGCAUCGCACCACCCGCAUCAAAAUCACCGAGCUAAACCCCCACCUCAUGUGCGUGAUCUGCGGAGGGUACUUCAUCGAUGCAACCACCAUCAUCGAGUGUCUGCACUCAUUUUGUAAGACGUGUAUCGUGCGCUACUUGGAGACCAGCAAGUAUUGCCCUAUUUGCGAUGUCCAAGUUCACAAAACCAGACCCCUUUUAAAUAUAAGAUCUGAUAAAACUCUCCAAGACAUUGUCUACAAGUUAGUGCCAGGUCUUUUCAAAAAUGAGAUGAAAAGAAGAAGAGACUUUUAUGCUGCUCAUCCGUCUGCUGAUGCUGCCAAUGGCUCUAAUGAAGACAGGGGCGAAGUUGCAGAUGAAGACAAAAGGAUUAUAACAGAUGAUGAGAUAAUAAGCUUAUCCAUAGAGUUCUUUGAUCAAAAUAGACUGGAACGGAAAGGAAAUAAAGAGAAAGAGAAACCCAAAGAGGAGGUGAAUGACAAAAGAUAUUUGCGCUGCCCUGCAGCUAUGACUGUAAUGCAUCUGAGAAAGUUUCUCAGGAGCAAAAUGGACAUACCCAAUACUUUUCAGAUCGACGUCAUGUACGAAGAGGAGCCCUUGAAGGACUACUACACGCUCAUGGAUAUUGCCUAUAUUUACACUUGGAGAAGGAACGGCCCCCUCCCUUUGAAGUACCGGGUGCGACCAACUUGCAAGAGGAUGAAGAUCGGCUGCCACCAGCAGGAUGGGCUGAACCACAGCGGGGAGCUGGAAAGUGACUCUGGGAGCGAGAAGGCGAGCAGCCCAGCGGGAGGCGGCACCCCGUCCACUUCCUCCUGCUUGCUCAGCCCCGGCACCCCGGUGCAGUCCCCGCACCCCCAGUUCCCUCACAUCUCUAGUACUAUGAACGGAACCAGCGGCAGCAACCACCACCCCUCCUCCUCCUUCAGCAACAGAGCCAGGAAAGCCUCCGUCAACGGCUCUUCUGCCACGUCUUCGGGCUGACGCGCCGAGCGCCUCUGGGACUACGAAAGCUCCACCGUCUCUUUUAGAGCUGUCCUGUCCUGUCCCCGUCUCCUUCUCUCCGUGCCGCUCAGCUUUAUAGAUGCUAUUCCCUCGUGUGACUGUCCUCCGAGUUGCUUUAAGAAGUGAGAGGAAUGAUAAGCGAAACCUCCCACACGAACCUUAGAUAUGGGAACUUUUGGAUAUUAAAACGAAACUUGGAUGUUGUUAAAACAGGGGGACUUGAGCUAUGAGCGUCUCCUAUGGACGGUGGAUUUAAAAGGAGGAGGAGGAGGAGG